CGCAUCGCAUCACUAUUGACCGGUUCGUUGUGCCUUGCAUUGAAAGCCUUGCCGUAUACUCUGGACCGUCGCCUUGAUAUCUUUGAUACGAGUAAGGCUAGGCAUUGUCUUGUUUUGGCCGGUGCAAUAUGUCUUCUGGUGAGUUACGCAAUGACGCUUGUGCUCCGCCAAAUCAAAAAUUGAAAUCCCUGCGAUCGACAGCGCAGUCUCCCUCAAUUCUUCCCACGUGCCGGAUGAGAUACUGACCAACAUGCCAGACCUUGACGAAAAGACCCUGGAAGAUGUUGCCAACAAUGGGGAGAUGGAGUAGUAUGUGCAUCGUCGCGUCGUGCGUUUGUUGGCAAUAGAUUGACACCCUACCAGUGAAAAAUGGCCAUCCCUCCUCGAACCACUCCUCCAGCGUCUCAAUCAGAUUGUCUAUACCGAGUUUCCCACGCCACGACCCUACCCCAGUAUGAAUCGCCAACUUAUGCCCAACUCACCAUCUCAGAUCCACGGAACUUCCACUCGAGACUCGAACCCCGCCGUGCAAACACCUUCGACCCCCGUGCGAAACUUGCCUCCUGUACCUCCCUUCCCUAAUUCCUCGGCCACAUCCACGAGCCACGUCCCAGAUUCCCUACCUCCGUCGCAAGAACCCUCCGUCGAUACGAUACAUGAACUUCCCUCCCUUCUUCUCCAGAUCUUGAAUAGCGUCCAACAUACCCUCCGCACAGCGUUUGCAGAAAAACCACCACAUACUAUUCAGCGGUUGGCGGAGCUGGUACUCCGUCCUACCGGACACUACCGGACGCUGCCAGCAUGGCUACGCGCGGUCGAUCGAAUAGUGAGCGUCAGCAGCUCUGCAGAUAUUUUCCCACUCUCGGACACACCGCCCAUCAUCAAUGGAGUGAACGGAGACGGCGGUGGAGGGAUUCUAUGGACAAAUAACGACAAUCGCAAUGGUUACGACAGCAAUUCACUGGGUAGCGACGAGAGUCUGGGCGGUGCCUUGCUCACCCCCAUACCGUGGCUGAGAAAUGGUCUAGGAGGUCGAGAGGGUUCGAGUGAAGAAUCAGGGCAUCUAGACUCGGAUCAGAGUGCCGGGGCAGAUAGUCUAGACGAUCCAUUAUCAGUGACUGACAGCCAUGUGCACGGAGGAGAUCCCUUGGUGCCUGGAAGACCAGACGGGGCGGUCACGCAAGGCGAAUUGAUGCGCAUGGAGCAAGAGGCGGGGGUCGUCCCCGUGAAUCCAAACUCGAACAACAACGGCCCGGGCAGUAGAACAAUGGCCGGCGCCGAGGAAGGGUUGUACAUGGACGAAGAGGGUGAUUUGGUGCCUCAUGCGCGUGGUCCAGAUGUCGUCGGAUCGGUAGACAUGGGCCGCAUCGAUGGGCACGACGUCGAAAUCAGAAUUGGAAGUCCUCCGCAAGAAGAGGGAGGCCCGGCGGAUCCGAACGAUGCGCAGACGGUGCUGCCAGGGCAAGACAACCUUGCACAGUCACAUCACAAGACUGGCGGUGAAGCCGACGACUUUGAGAUCGUACUCAAGGAGACGGAAGCCGCCGGUGGCCGCGAAGGAGGUACAGAACAAGAUAUGGACGCAAUGCAGGUCGAUGCCGAAGGCGCCGCCAGAGGAGAUGGACAGAAACCGACCGAGGAGCGGGAUGAAGACAUCGUGCUCGUGGACGCCGACGGGAAGACAGAGGACGACGCAUCCAAAGCUGAUGUCUCUGGCGAAAAUGUCGGACCUGAUGCGGCAGACAGUUCGACUGUGACUUGAAAAAUUAAUCCAUCCCAUCCGAGGGGUGCUGCCAGGAAUUUUUUGUUUGAGCGAGAUGAAACUUUCAGCCAGUGCGAGAGAGGAAAAGAAAGAAAACGAAGAGUCAGCCUUACGAACACCACCGUUGGGUACACAUCCCAAUACUCCUUCUGCAAGAAACUUGUAUACUAUACGGAUACCAUUGUACUAUUCAUGAACACAGCGAGAUUCUCCGUAGACAUGUAUUACUACUACUACCUUGAAUAGGCAAGGAGCUAUGCUUCGAAGUGCCAAU